AUGGUAAAAUCCAGAUGGUAAAAAUUCUCAAAUCCCCAAAUACUUUAUGUUCGCCAUUGAAGAAGGAUGAUGAUGAUGAAGCCCAAUCAAAUCCUAGGUACUUUCUGCAAUUUGUGCCUUCUGCGAUGAAAGAUGAUUUGAGAUUUGUGCCUUUUACGAUGCAGCCAGAUCUCAAGAGGGAUGAAGACAAUGAAGCUUUCAGUGGACUGAUUCAGACGAUGAAGCCUUCUAAAGACGAUGAAGACAAAAUCCACAACAAGCAUACCAACCCAUGA